AUGGCGAGGACGAAACAGACCGCGCGGAAGAGCACUGGGGGCGUCGCCCCAAGGAGGAACUUAAGAAGCCUUGCCAAAGAUCAGCUCUCAGGAAAACGCCUCCCUGACAGCACGGGCCGCGUAAAGAAACCGCAUCGAUACAAACCAGGAACGGUUGCUCUGAGAGAGAUUCGUCGCUAUCAGAAAUCUACAGAGUUGCUUAUUCGCAAACGUCCAUUUCAACGGCUUGUCCGUGAAAUUGCAGACGAUCUGAGAACCCCCCAAAUGAAAUGGCAAGGGGAUGGUUUUCGGUUCCAGUCGACGGCAAUCGAAGCUCUGCAAGAGGCUCUCGAGCUAUAUCUUGUGAGCCUCUUCGAAGAUUCUAAUCUCUGCGCUAUCCAUGCAAAACGAGUUACUAUUCAAUCAAAAGAUAUACAGCUCGCACGACGUUUACGUGGAGAAAGACACCCCGUUUGA